AUUUAUGGAAUAUAAGAGUAGAAUCUCGGUUAGAUUAAAUAUAGUAGUUGUAAAAUGAAGUUAAUAUUAUUAGUACUUGUAGCUGGGUGGGGAGUAAGUGAAGCUAUAGUCUGUCCUCCAGGAAUAUGUGCAGCUGUAAGCUGUCUUAGGGUUGACAAUUGUGAUGGGAUGGUAAAGAAUUCAGGAUAUUGUGGAUGUUGCCCUGUUUGUGUUAAACAGCUUGGUGAGAAUGAAUCAUGUAUGCAAUCUAUCUUUAUUGGUGUUCCUGCUACUGCUGAAUGUGGAGAAGGUUUAACUUGUGAUAUACUACAUGCAAAGUGUAUCAAGAAAUCUGCCAAUAUGAAUACGCGAGAUAUUGUUACAUGCGCAACAGCUCACCAGAAAUAUAUGGCCCAACAACAUAUGUUAGGCGCUGAGGAACCAAAAUGCGAAACAGAUGGUACUUAUUCUGCUGUUCAAUGUGAGGGAUCUCGGUGCUAUUGUGUGUCACCCGAAGGACAGCAACUUGGGUUUACUGUAAACAGAUCGGAGUCAAAGAACAUGGAUUGUAAAUGUGCCAGAGAUCAGCAUGCCUAUUCUGCAACUGGGCUGAUUGGUAAACUCUUCUCUUGUGGACCAAAUGGAAACUAUCAAAACUACAAAUGCGUUGGUUCUGUCUGUUGGUGUAAAGACGACAGUGGAAAUAAAGUUGGACAGUCGGUAAACAUCGGACAGCUUGAUUCUUUAAACUGUUAAAUUCAGUCAAUGUCUGUUAAAUGAAUGACUGAAAUAAAAUCUUUCAA